AUGUCAUAUUUGGUGCGACAUUUGCAAGCAGCGACAGGGAAGCCAUUCAACCCUAAGAAUCAGUGUAUUCGCUGUCUGGCACAUAUCAUAAAUCUCGCAACACAAGCACUCAUCUUGAUGUACAGCAAGUCUUCACAUUAUGAUCCUGAGAAGCCGGACAUGGUUUUGAUGAACGUCGAUGGUCCACGUCAUGAUCAAGUUGGUCUAGUGCGAGCAAUCUCAGUCAAAGAGCAUUCGUCUGCAAAGCGCAAACAGCUUUUCAAGGACAUUCAGUUUCAUAAGAAGGUCAAAAUACUGCGGCAGCUGCUUCUUGACAUGCCGGUUCGUUGGUCAUCAACUUACGUGAUGCUUGAGUGUUCAGAAGAGCUACGAGAGUUUGUUGACAUAUUUGUGUAUCAGAUGGCGAGAGAGGAGAAAGAUCUUACAAAGCGACAGAAGCUCGACAAACUGCGGCUCAUGGUGGAUGAGUGGGACUGA